GAGAAGAUCAUACAGGACCUAGUUAAGCGAAUUACGUUUGAAAAAAAGUAUAUUAAAAAUAAGCUUACUAAUAAGAAACGAAAAAUCCUAGCAGCAGGAGGUACUGUCGCUUUUAGGACUGCGUCCUAUACAAGUUACAUAGAAAGCCUAAUAUCAGGACUAUAUUUCGUUUUAAUGUUAAGAACCUUUCCGGUCGAUACUAUAUUUCGCUAUAAGGGCCGUACCUUCGAAGAUUACGAGAAGUGUAGAGAAGUACCGGACGAACCGCUAAGAAAAGACUACUUUCCUGAAGAGCCUCGUAGUAGCCUACUAAGUAAAGUUCUGGCCUCCGUGAUUAGCGUAGGAAACUUAGAUAGAGUAGGUAGUGAUUCAAAUGCUUACCGUCUUAAGAAGAUUCGGCGUAGCUAG